AUGUUGUUCUCCUCUUCCUUCUCGGAGCAUUCAAGUGCCAUCGUCUCCCUCAUGCAUCGCACUCUGCAUGCUAUCCUGGAGCACAUUCUACCGAGUGCUAGCAUUGGGGCUGGAUUGGCUGCUCUCUGUCUCGUGCGCUAUCUUAAAAGUCCAUGGCGUAGCGUGCCGCCCGGACCUCCAGGGAUACCAAUUCUCGGGAAUGCUCUCCAGAUGUCUAGUGAUCAGUACUGGUUGAAGUAUGGUGACUGGAGAAAGGACUACGGCAGUAUUAUCUAUCUGAACGCCGCUGGACAGCCCAUGAUCGUUUUGAAUGAUCACAAGAUUGCAGCCGAGUUGCUUGACCAAAGAGCUAGCAUCUACUCUGAUCGAGCAUCGAUGAUCGUUGCAAACGAGAUUCUCUGCGACGGCCUGCUACUCCCGCUCGCCCGUUACAGCGAAACCUGGCGGCGCAUGCGCAAGGCUGCCCACGAGACACUGAACAAAGUUGUCGCUCACGGGUUGAAUGACUAUCAAGCCAAAGAAGCACUUACUCUUGCGAGCAAUAGCCUUCAAGACGCCAACGGUUGGGGAACCCAUAUCCGUAUCGCAACGACCAGUUUGAUGCUGCGCUCUCUAUACGCGGAGUCACCGGUAUCUGACAAGGACGAUGCACGGCUUACGCAUAUGGAUGCCUUCGCUCUGCGCGUGACACUGGCUGUCCCACCCGGAUCGCAUUGGGUCGGGAUCCUUCCGUGGAUGCGUCAUAUCCCUCGCAUAUUUUCUCCGUGGAAGCGUAACGCUGAGGGCUGGUAUCGUAAGGACAACAAGAUCUUCCACGACCUGUUCGAGCGAGUACAAGACGACAUCAAGGUCAAUGGCAUUGAGCAGGAAUCAUUCUGUGCAACUCUCGUCCACGACGCCCAUCGCUACCGGUUGACAACUCAUGAAAAUGCGUGGUUGGCCGCAUCGUUGUACGUUGCUGGAGCCGACACUACUCGUGCAGCACUUGAAUGGUGGACUCUCGCUAUGCUUGCGUAUCCGGACACCCAGAAACGUACCCAGGACGAACUGGAUGCUGUGAUCGGUCGAUCGCGGGCGCCCACGUUCUCAGAUAUGCCUCGUCUUCCAUACAUCUGCGCCAUAGUGAAGGAAGUGCUUCGUUGGCGACCCACCAACCCCAUCGGAGUGUUUGUCUCUUGGCCCUACCUGUUUGAUGCCUCGCGCUGA